GGAUCAGGGACGAGGUCACAUCGUGAAGAAGGAGGAGCAGCACGGUGACAUCACCUCAUUCAAAGACAGGAAGGUGCUUGGUCAGUUUGAGAUUCUGUGAAGUCGACUUCAAAUUCAAAGUCUUAGUUCAUCUCAUGCUCAGGUAACAAACAAUAACAAAAAUAUAUUUUAUAUUAUAUUUAUAUGUAGCAAAUUAUAAAAAAUAGACCUGAGUUCCUGUCACUUUCUCUGACUACAACACAUUAUUUAUUAAAAGAUUUAUAUUGACAUAUUAUUUUUCAUAUAAACACAUAUAACAUACAAAUUAUAACUAAUGUAAUAUGAUAGACCGUAUACAUCUAUUCAGAUGAAACAUUGACCCCUGCUGGACAAACAUCGUAAAUACAACCAGUCUCUCGUGAAAUGCCCACAAACCGUUCUACGCUUUCUAUUGGUUUAAACGUUGGAAGGGCGACAUGUGAUUGGUCGUUUUACUUUCCUACCGGCCAAUCAGAUUGUUUGUUGACGACUCACACAGAGGUCAUAGUUCAGGAGAAUGUGGAGAUGACGUUUUGUUCGCUUACAGCUGUGGUGCUAACAUCUGGAGAUGUUUAAUAUCAUAUAACAUGUGAAUGACACAGAUAUAGAACCUGACUUCCUGUUUCCUGUGGCGAUGCUGAACACGGUGAGGACGCUCUCUGUUCACAAGCUGGGCCUCCUCUCUCUGAGGCCUCCCUGCUCUCAGUGGCCUCAACAGACCUGGAGCAGGACGGUUCGCUGCCUCUCUGCUGGACCUCCUCCUCCUUCUCCUCCUCCUCCUCCCUCACUUCCUGACCCCCCCGAGUGCUCCUCCGAACCAGGACCCAGCCACAGUCCCUCUGCUUGGACUCCUGACCAGGGUCCGCCCCCCCCUCCCACACACUGCUGCAUGAGCGGCUGUCAUAACUGCGUGUGGAUCGAGCACGCCGAGCAGCUGCUGGCGUUCUACCACGACGGAGGAGACCAGGCGCUCGCCGCCAUCGAGGAGAACGUCCUGGACGAGAACCUGAAAACCUACUUGAAGAUGGAGAUUAGACUCCUGAAGAAGACGUGACUGAUGUUUUUACUGCCGGUGUUGACAGACACUUUAUACUUUACACCCCAGUCUCUUAUUUUACCUGCACAUGUUACAGUUUGGAUCAUAACAUAUCAUCUUAUCACGUAUGUUACACUGACGGCUGCUGUUUGUUGUGUGAAACAUCUGAAGUUCCUACAAAAUCUAAUGAGGUUUUGUUUCCUGCACAAAUCAACUGAAAGCUUCAUUUUAACUUUAUUUAUUAUUGCUGAUUUGAAUAAUGGCGAUAAAACUUAAAACUUUAAGAUGGAAUUUGACCUGAUUCCUUAAAUUUCAGUUUGAGAACAAACAACCUGUCGUACUCGUUAGUGAAAGUGAGUGAUUAGUAGAGUAAUGUUCUCAAUAAGAUAAUGUCUUUAGGCCUCAUUAGAAAAUCCUGUUCAUUUCCAUUAGUGUCUCUGAUUCAUGAAUCUGAAUAAUUCACUGUCAUGUUCCUUUGGUCGUGAAACACAUGAUUUAUUUAUCAGUUUUUUUAUGUUUGAACUGAAGUGGUUAAAGUAUUUUAAAUGCAUCUUAUUUAUAUAGUUCAUUAGCUUUAUUUAAUUUAAAUGAUGUGUUUGAUGUUUAUUUUAGGAUUGUUUUAAUUAAAAGUUAUUUAUAAGAA